AUGGACACUGCAGAAAUGAUUGAAGAAAAGAGGCUCAAGCAAGGUUUUAUGCUUGCGACGCUUGUGUCGACAGUCGCCGGCACAUUCAUUACUAGCAUCAAUCUAUAUGACCGUCUCGUCGAACAGCGAAGGCAGAAGAAACUCGACCGGGGCCAGAACAAACGGAUCAAGGAGCUCGAACAGCGCUUGAACGAGGCAGAGGAAGAGAAAGAGCGUAUCAUAGAGGAAGGGAGCAGUCCGAAGCAAUCCAAGGCUGGUGAUGGAGAUCGUGAUGAUUUCAGAGAUUCGCUGCAGCAGAGCGGCAAGAUGGUCCAACAUGAGUACGAUCGCUGCUUUGCCAACCUAGGGCCGAAGUUUGCUGAGGGAGACUUGGUGUCUCAAAACCAGAUACAAGGGCAGAUUAUCCUGCUUCAAGGCAGCGUUAUAAAACUGCUAGAAGAAGCCGUCCUCACAGGAACGCUCCCGGAUAUCAACAAGCUCUACAACACGACUGAAUUCGCGCGAGAAGGCAGCAUUCGAGCCCUACGCGGCCAGUAUCAGCGUCUUCUCGAAUCGGCAACCCCAGCGCCGAAAUCAGCAACAUCACAACGGGGACGCCCUAGCCUUAUCCGGAAAAUAUCCUCAACCCCUUCGCUCCGCGGCUCGACAACAAGCUCGGCCCGAGGUGAACAGCGCCUCAUUCUACCUCCACCACCCUCAACACCACAAACACAACUCGCAAACUACAGCGGUAGCAACCACGAUAGCCGACUAUUUUGCCCGUGUGCCGAAGAACUGCAGCGAACGAGGCGGCCACUGGAAACAGUCCUCGCGACGGAUUCCCCAUCACCCGUGUGUGUAGAGUGCGGUGCGGGCGCGGGGGUCGGCGACAAGGUAGAUGGGUGUCGAUCGUGGCAGAUAGAGAAGGAGGUCGUGGUACGGAGUCCGAGGGAGGACCGUCGGCGGUCGCUGCGAGGCCCGAAUCUUGAAAGCCAUGGUGGUGGUUAUGAGGAUGUUAUGGUGCGGACGUACCUAUUGACGAGGCGUUUCGUUUUCAAGUGCCACCGGGAGAGUUCUGGGUAUGCGUGUUAUUUGUGCGUGCAGCACCGGGACCGGGACACGGUUUGUCGGUCGGAGGAAGGGUUGGUCAGCCAUGUUACAAGCAAGCAUAGCAUUAGAGAGUAUUUAGAGGAGGAGGAUAUCAAGGAGCUGGGUCGGGCUUUGCCCAGUUUGCCGUAUAGGUAG